AUGCGAGCUGUGACUAUGACUUUGUGGAAUGAAUUUGUUGCAACUGCUGGGGAACAGAUCAGGGAGAAACUAAACUCUUUCCCGGUGGUUGUUUGCAACCGCGUGCGUGCCACAUUCUUCAAUGGGAUUGAAGUCUCGACAGGGAAUGAGUCUCUGAUUCUUGUCAACCCUAAGAUUGAAGAAGCAGAUCAAAUGAAACAGUGGGUGGAGAAUAACUUCAGAAAGAUUCAGGCAUAUGUCGAUGCCUUGGAGUUUAAUCAAAAUUACAUUACGAUGGAUGCUGCGCCAAUUGAAAACUAUACUUCUAUUGUUGCCAUUAAUAAUGGCGAUAAGAAGUUCUGGUACAUGGGCUGUCAGAAUUGUAACCAAGCAACUGCAUCUGAACUUGGACUGGUAUAUCCCUGUAAUGGUUGUGACCUUCAACAAAAGGCAUUGCCUAGGUGUCGCCUGGAAGCGGAUGUAACUGAUCACUCUGAUACUCUUAGGGGUGUGUUAUUGGGUGAAGAUGCUGAAAAGAUCCUUGUGCAUUCACCAACAACAUUCAUGAAAGCUGAUCAUGAGGAUCAUCGCAUGGUUAGUGACCAUAUGAUGCAUGUAGCAUGCCGUGUUAACAAUGGGUUAUCCCCUUGCAUGCGUGCCGAUCGCUGCAGAUACAGGUACCCUAGAGCCACUGAACGUGUUGACUUCUUCGCUCCCGGGGAAACAGCUCCCAGAACUGAGGCAAACUUUUCUGAAUGUUGUCCUGCUGGCCAGUCUUCCGGAGUUCCUGAUGACCAGAAUGGUGUUCAGCCAAAUGGUGCUAAAGUUCCUGAUGACCAGAAUGGUGUUCAGCCAAAUGGUGCUGAAGUUCCUGAUGACUAG